UGGCAGCGAGAGAGAUCUCAUAAGGAAAGGAAAGAGGGGAAGAAGAAGAGAGGUUGAGAUUGAGGGAAAAUGCCGAUCUCGAGGAUCGCGAUUGGAUCAACGGCGGAGGCAACGCACCCGAGUGCGUUGAAAGCGGCUCUGGCUGAGUUCAUUUGCACUUUUAUCUUUGUGUUCGCUGGCCAAGGCUCUGGCAUGGCAUUCAGCAAGCUGACCGGAGGGGGAGCAGCGACGCCAGCGGGGCUGAUAUCCGCCGCGAUAGCCCACGCAUUCGGGCUCUUCGUCGCCGUCUCCGUCGGCGCGAACAUCUCCGGCGGCCACGUCAACCCAGCGGUGACCUUCGGCGCUUUCAUCGGCGGUAACAUCACCCUCGUCCGUGGGCUUCUCUACUGGAUCGCCCAACUCCUCGGCUCCACCCUCGCUUGUCUUCUCCUCAUCUUCUCCACCGGCGGUCUCGCCACCGGAUCCUUUGGUCUCUCCGGCAUCAACGCCAUCGAAGCCCUAGUUCUUGAGAUCGUGAUGACCUUCGGCCUCGUGUACACCGUCUACGCCACCGCCAUCGAUCCGAAGAAGGGGAGUUUGGGAACAAUCGCGCCGAUCGCGAUCGGAUUCAUCGUCGGAGCGAAUAUUCUCGUCGGAGGAGCGUUUGACGGCGCGUCGAUGAAUCCGGCGGUAUCUUUUGGGCCGGCAUUGGUUAGCUGGGCUUGGGAUGAUCACUGGGUUUAUUGGGCUGGGCCGUUGAUUGGUGGUGGACUUGCUGGGCUUGUUUAUGAGUUGUUCUUCAUUUCUCACACUCAUGAGCAGCUAUCCACCACUGAAUACUGAGAGCGUUGCAUGCCCACUGUUAAAGCUCUCUCUUUCUUUUUUUUUGUUGUUUUUCAAGUGUUUCUUUGUACGCUGCUGCUGCUGCUGUUUGUUUGUAUUUGCUUUUCGUUUGCUCUUGUUUUUGUUUCA